AAGAAGCUUGCUAAGCAGUUAUUGCCCAGCCCUAGUCGUCAAAGCAGCAACCGGUGUUUUACUACCGCAGAGCCGUCGUCGUCAACUAGUCUUCCAGAUUUCUCUGCAGUUUUUUAACCAAUUGAUUUAAAUUUUACACAACAUUUAAUAUGAUCAAGAACGUUGUUUCCCUGGUGACUGGUGGCGCCUCCGGCCUGGGCCGUGCCACAGCCGAACGCCUCGCCAAGCAGGGCGCCAGCGUUGUGCUCGCCGAUCUGCCAUCCUCCAAGGGCAACGAGGUGGCCAAGGAGCUGGGCGACAAGGUAGUCUUUGUGCCCGUCGAUGUCACCUCCGAGCAGGAUGUGAGCGCCGCUCUCCAAACGGCCAAGGACAAGUUCGGGCGUCUAGACUUGACGGUCAACUGUGCGGGAACCGCGACCGCCGUGAAGACUUACAAUUUCAACAAGAAUGUUGCCCAUCGCCUGGAGGAUUUCCAGCGUGUGAUCAACAUUAAUACGGUGGGCACCUUCAAUGUGAUUCGUCUGUCCUCCGGCCUAAUGGGCGCUAAUGCACCCAAUCAAGAUGGCCAACGUGGCGUUAUUGUGAAUACCGCUUCGGUGGCUGCAUUUGAUGGGCAGAUUGGUCAGGCCGCUUACUCGGCGUCGAAGGCUGCCGUUGUGGGCAUGACUCUGCCCAUUGCACGUGACUUGAGCACCCAAGGCAUUCGCAUUUGCACGAUUGCCCCAGGUUUGUUCAAUACACCGAUGUUGGCUGCGCUGCCAGAGAAGGUGCGAACAUUCUUGGCCAAGUCGAUACCCUUUCCACAGCGUCUGGGCGAACCCAGCGAGUACGCUCAACUGGUGCAGGCUAUCUAUGAGAAUCCGUUGCUCAACGGUGAGGUCAUCCGCCUGGACGGUGCUCUCCGCAUGAUGCCCUAAAGUGGACUGAUGCCGCCUGGAGCUGUUACUCUCAAAUCAGUUUUGCAUUUAUAGCAGUCACUGUGUGUUUUUUUUCUUCUCUUAGUACAUAAGCAAAAAGUUGUUGCCAAUUGUAAAUUGUGCUUAAUAAAAAGGUCAAAUUUGAAAAA